GCCUGCAGAGACAAGCUGGACUUUCUCGCCCUCGGUUAACCUGCAGGCGCAGGAACCAACAGACCCCCGCUGGCAAGGCUGGCGCUGCUCUUUGGCCGCUUGCUGCUAAGGCAGAUCCAGGGAUUAACACACACCGGGCACCGCAAGGGCUCCUGCGGCCUUAGGCAACCCCACUGCCAGGGGUAGAGCAACGAGGGCGCGUCCCCCUUCCGCGGCUCCGCCCGGCGCGGUCUCCCCAGCGGCGGGAAGCCGGCGCCAAAGCUGCGGGGAGCCGCCCGGCGGGAGGGAGGGGAAGCGAGCCCAGCAGGGAGCGGCGGCGGGGAUCCCCGCGCGGCCCCAGGUGCAGGCAGGGAGCUAAUGCGCCCGGCGCAGGCAGCGACGGCAGCGCCAGGGCUAUGUAGGGGCGCGGGGAUGCGCGGGCUCCCGGCAGCAUGGCAGAGCAGCUCUUCUGUAAGGGGGUGUCCGCGGUGAUCAGCUGCGCGGGCUGCGAGGAGAGGAGGGCUGAUGUAAGGCUAACUGUUGAAACUUGUACAUCAUCAAGUCCUAUCCAUAAGAAGGAACUUACUGUGCGUAUUACAGAUGAUGCAGAUCCAUUAUUCUUGUAUUCUGUUGCUAUAGGAGAAGAAGAUUUUCAGAGUUUAAAGAGCCAACAAGGACUGCUUGUAGAUUUUUCAGCUUUUCCCCAGAAAUUCAUUGAUUUGUUAGAACAAUGCAUUUUGGAACAAGGAAAACAAGUGCCUCGGUUUUUAAUUCAACUUGUAACAUCUUCCCCAGCAUUGGAUUGCAUGCCUGCAUAUUUAAAUGUAGUGGAAACCAAUCCAUUCAAACAUCUCACUCACUUGUCUCUAAAGCUUUUGGCAGGAAGUGACAGUGACAUCAAGAAAUAUCUUGCCAUCUGCAUUAAACAUUUAAAGAUCCAGACUAACACGGCUACCCCUCUGAAGCUAACUCAAGUGACUUCAAGAGAGAUGGAAAACAGUAUGUUGGAGGAUAAGCUACACAGAUCAGAAGAGGGACUUUCGAAAAGACUAACUGUAACACAGCAGGCUUUGGCAGAAAAAAGUAAGGAACUGGAUAAACUGCAAAAUGAAUGGACAUCGCAGACCACUUCAUUGACUAACAAGUACUCCCAAGAAAUCACAGCAGAAAAGGAGAAAGUGCUACGGGUCCAAACACAGUACCAGCUUCAGCAUGAACAGCAAAAGAAAGAGAUGGAAGCAACUUUCAACAGAAAAGUGCAUCACUUAGAAACCAGAGUAUCUGAAUUUGAAACUGUUAAUAAGGAUCUCACAGAGAAAAAAUACAAGUCUGAAUCUUCUAUAAGGGAGCUGAAAUCCAAAUUUGCAGGACUUGAAGAGGAGUAUCAGAGGGCAAAACAAGAAGUUCUGUCCCUUCGAAGAGAAAAUUCAACUCUUGACACAGAGUGCCAUGAAAAGGAGAAACUACUAAACCAGUUAAGAACACGCAUUGCAGUCCUAGAACAAGAAGUGAAGGAUAAAGAGCAAGUAAUAAUAAGAAGCACAGAUGUCUGUGAAAGUGCACAAGAACACAAGAAAAAGUUGGAAGAAUCUCUGGAAAUGAAACAGCUUCAAAUUGGAAAAUUUGAAACCACUGUGAAGUCUAUUUCUGAGGAACUUCUGAAAGCUAAUGAAAUUAUCAAAAAGCUCCAGGGAGAGAUGAAGAAACUAAUGGAGAAGAUGAAGUUAAAAAAUGCAGUGACACUGCAACAAGAAAAAAUAUUAGGAGAAAAAGAGCAAAUCCUUCAAAAGGAGAGAUUGGAGCUUAAUAAUGUGAAACAGGCCCUUCAACAAAAAGAGGAAGAGGUCUUGAAGUUUCAAGAGCAGCUGGACAUCACUGUUCAGAAAUUGGAAGAAAGCAAACAGCUGCUGAAAACUAAUGAGAAUGUAAUUUCCUGGCUAAAUAAACAACUGAAUGAGAAUAAAAUUGUAUCUAUGCAUGGGGCAUCAGGUCACAGUGAUAUGCCAUGUGCUGGAAGUGCCACCAAUUCAGCAGCCUUGCAGAAUGGCCUGCCUCGGCUUCUACUUUAUAACAGUCCUUUCUCUGUCCCUGUGAUGCCUCCACCAAUUAGCACUGCUUCCCUUUCUAAUAACUAUAAAGGCUCUGUUCCUCUGCGAAUGAAUAUCCCAUGUGCGGUCACCAGUGCUGCAAGAUAUAAUCCACAGGUACGCAUCAACUUAUCAGCAAAUUCCACCAGCACUCCAUUACAUGAGACAAGACCUUGUCCACCAGCCUCCACUCCUUUAGUGCCCCCAAACUCAGGCCAUGUUGAGCCACCUGGUUUAGACAUGAAAUAUUUGAAGAAAGAUGGCAACUUGCCUUUGAGAGGACUAAAACCUUUGUCUGUAGCAAGCACAGUGUUAUCAAGAACUAUGUUACCCAAGCAAGGAAAUCCACCUGUAAUAUCUGCUUACUUCCCAGGGCAACAUACUAGACUUCCUGCAUCAUAAGUGCCAAUUUUAUUAAGAGGUUGCACAUGUUAAUGGAAGCAGCAUAAUAUAUAUGCAUCUGAUAUAGCCUGUCUAAUGUAAAAGAAAAAAGAGGUGCUUGAGCAACACUGUCAUAAAUUUGACUUUAUAGUCCGUCUGGACUUGGUUACUCUUUUCUGUAAAGUCUGUGCUCAUCAAAACUGCCAAAAUAUGGUCUGUAGGUAAAGCCAGCUAUUAAAAAACCUAAUGAUUUCAUUUCUAGAAUGAAGUCUUUAAAAUGAGUUGAUGUUUGUUUAUUUUGUUUAAUAUAAGGCAGUAGCUGAUUGACUCUUCAAAGACACAAAGCUGUGCAGGCUGAAUGAAAGCAUUUAUUUCAUGUGCUUUUGGUGCUUAGAUCUGUCUGUAUGCACACACCUUAUUACUACAGGAUGUACCAGUUUUACCCGCUUCUGCUUAGAAGUGUUUUUUGUAAUCCUCAAAUUGUGAAUUUCUAAGAACAACUUUUUUUAAAAAUGGCAAAUUACAGCAGGAAUACUCCAAUGUGUGUGCAAUAUUUAUUCUGUGACAUACUAAGGAUGACCUCUAUUGAUGACUCUGUGUGGGGGGGAAAAAUGAUUUCUGCAAGCCAGAGUUUUUGUUGUUUGUGGUGGUUUUUAACUGCAUUCUGUUUGGGAUUUUUUUGCACGAAAACUCUUCAAAACUUUGAAACACCCAUUUUAUAUUAGCUAUGCAAAGACUACAAAGUUAAAGUGCCUAUUUUAUUAUGUAUUUUAUAACUGGAGUCAGACAGUUAUCUAAUGUUUCUAUUUUUAAUAGAUAUUUGCAUCUAAUAUUUACUCUCAAAACUUGGACAGUUCUAGUAACAGACAACAGAUUCAAUGAAUUCUAGAUGUUGAAAAUUUUUGUACUGUACCAUUCUAAAAAUUGUAAGUUUUGAUAGAUUAGGAUGGAUACACACUCUCAGUGGGUGCAAUUCCAUUUACUUUUAUCACUUCUUUAUUUGACCAUUUGUUCUCCAGACCGUUUUAAAUCAAACAUAUUGAAUCCACCUUUUUUAAAAAGUUUAAAAACUGGGGUCUAUUGGCAAAAUGUUAUAAGAUGUGUAUUUUACGUGAAACUCAAUACAACCAACCCAUUUUGUGAGAGAGUCAAGAUGUCAGUGGAAGAAUCUGCCUUUCACCUGAUAAGGGUUUGCCCAUAUAUGUUCCUACAUAUCUACGGGUCAUUUUCUCUCCUUCCCCCACACACUUAUAUUUUAUAAAAGAAAAAAAUUAGGGUCCUUGUCCUGACUUCUAAGAAAUGAUACAGAUAUCACUUCAGUGUCUCCUCCCAUUUUCAGACAGUUCUAGCUUGAUCUGUUGUGAGUAAAUAUUUGCAGUCUCAACAGAAAGCAUAGUUUGCAGUUGAUACUGAAAUAGCUUUGAUCUAUCACUUUUUCCUUUUGAUUCAAUAGUCUACUUUUUGGGAGACAUGAAACUGGUCAUUGGAUUAUUAAAGUGAGACAGAUCUGCUCUAAAUUGAUGCACUACUGUAAUCUUCAAAAUAAUGUUAAAAUGUAAUACUGGAACUCUGCAGUUUAAUUUUCAUGUCAGUAUUAUAAAUGUUAACCUUUUUCUAAACUUACUUUUCUUGUAGAGCAUAUAUGAGGUUGUGGGGAGCAGCAGCGGGUUAACCCUAACUACUGUCCAUGUUAUACCAUACUUUCAUUUCUGGAACUUUCAAAUGCAUCUCAUGUUUGGAUCCAGACAAAAUUGGGUAUUCAUAAUUGCAGUGUUUUUUGCUUGACCUCUUCCUCUGUGGGUUAUUUUAUGAGAGAGGAUUUUGCAUGUCUCAAAGAACUGUCUAAGGGUUUGGAAUGUGCCUCACCUGUCACUUGAUGCCUAACCUGUGUUUCAAUGUGUUGUCUGUCUUGCAGCAUGUCAAAUGUGUGUAUAAAAAUGUAACAUUUUAUAUUUGUUUUACAUUAUGUUGUGAAUAAAAUAUUUGAACUCUUUG